AUGGCACUUGUUCUAUCUCCAUCGGUUGAUCACUUCAACUCCUUGCCUGACAUCGCGGAGUCUAACAAAGCUUUCCAAGAUGUUUGUACGCAAAAUAUGCUCUCAGAUAUCUACGCUGUCUUCCUCAAACACCGAGUCCAGACUAUAUAUGGUCUCGUGCUUGUUCAUCAGCAUUUCGACCUUGAGUCGGAUGAGAAGUUGGUUAACAUUGGAAAUGUGGCUAUUCCUCUGAAGACUGAUAUUGUUUCCACUUCGAUUACUGCAACUAGAUGGGCUUUUUCUGGAGAAGGGGUCAUCCCUUACGAGUUCUCCACCGAAGGGCUUCAGAUUGAUAUGAACCAACACUACGAUUUCAUCCACGAACUUGGGAAGCUGAUCCAUUCCUUUGGGCUAUCUGAUUAUCUCGGAGUGUGUUCGCUUGACAGCAUCGCCGGCACAACUGAAGGGCCUACUAUGGAGUUUACGAGUGGCCGUGCAAACAUCACCUUGCCAUUUGACAUUGACCCCAAGGAAGGGCAAAGCGUGGAGGUAGCAUGGCAAGAUUCGCUCAAUGCAAGGUGCGAUGCGGAAGAGGUCCAAAUACUGGUCAUCAGGGACGUCAUUUACGAACCAGAUCCUAGCUCACUCACUGGUCUGGUUGAGUGCUCUACCCAGCAACACCAUGGCACACGUCAACUUCCAAUUUGA